GUUUCUGGCAACUCGACUGCCGCACAUUUCUCUCUUGUGCCCACCCGCUUUGUUCAUUGAGGCGCACGAAAAAAAAUACUCGCAUUCUUUUUUGUCGCAUACUUUCUAGAUACCCCUUUCAUUUCUUCGGACUGCGUGCCGUCCCCUCCCCCACAUCAUGUUCGGCGCAGUAAGAAGAUGCCCAGCGACCCUCUCGAGGAGUCUGGCGGCAAUCUCAACCAGGACACUUCGCACACCUCUCACUCAGACUUCCGGCCUUCUUAGGAUACCGCUGCAGUCGUCGCGCCUUGCGAACGGUGCCAUUGCCGGCUUCCAUCACAGCGCAAAGUGGCAACAGAUUGCGGCACAAGAGGCGGAACAGAGUGAAGAACAUAAUGAAACUGUCACAGAGUUCCAGGAUCUCGCCACUCGAGGACUCGUCCACCCCAAUAUCAUAAACACCAUCACCAAACAGAUGAAACUCAAGACCAUGACGGACGUGCAGAGCAGGACCAUCAAUGAGGCGUUGAGCGGGGUGGAUAUCAUUGCACAGGCAAAGACUGGUACCGGUAAAACACUCGGUUUCCUCAUUCCCGUCAUCCAGCGAAUCAUCCAAAAUGACCCCAAGCUCGGCGAGAAGGCCAAAGGCUACAAACGCGCCAAACCCGACGACAUCAGGGCCAUUGUCAUCUCUCCUACCCGCGAGCUUGCCGAACAAAUUGCAGUCGAGGCUAAGAAGGUAGUCUCUGGCACUGGCAUUGUCGUCCAAGUUGCAGUCGGAGGUACACAGAAAAGGGCCAUGCUUCUGAAGACGCAGCGUGAAGGAUGUCAUCUCAUGAUUGCGACGCCAGGACGACUAUACGACAUUCUGUCUGACGAGUACUCUGGCAUUGCUGCACCCCGUUUGAAUGCGCUGGUCAUGGAUGAGGCAGAUCGCCUGCUUGACGAUGGUUUCCAAAAGGAGAUUGACGACAUCAAGACGCUUCUUCCCGACCCCGCAGAGGUCGAGCGCCAAAAUCUCAUGUUCUCUGCUACGAUUCCCCGCGAUGUUGUCAACCUGGUUCGUCAGACGAUGCGUCCUGGCUUCCACUUCGCCAAGUGCGUCAGUGAAGAUGAGGAGCCCACACACGAGCGCGUUCCUCAAAAGAUGGUCAUGGUGGCUGGCUUUGAGAACAACAUUCCUGCUCUUUAUGAACUGGUUCUCAAGGAGCACCAGAAGUUCCAGGCCAAUGGUGGCCGCCCAUUUAAGGCCAUUAUCUACUUCAACAGCACUGCUGAAGUCACGCUCGCGUCAUCAGUAUUCUACAAGCUCAGCGGCGGCUUCAAGCGCAACACCCCUCUAUCCGGCCUCCGUGGAUUUGAAAUCCACUCCAAGCUCUCUCAAGCGCAGCGAACAAGGGCCGCUGACGACUUCCGCUUCGCCAAGUCUGGCAUUCUCUUCUCGUCUGACGUAACCGCACGUGGUAUGGACUUCCCAGAAGUCACGCACGUCAUUCAAAUGGGUCUCCCUCGCGAACGCGAUUCGUACAUUCACCGUCUGGGUCGUACCGGUCGUGCUGGCAAGGAGGGCGAGGGAUGGAUCAUCCUGACUCCCUUUGAGAAGCAAGAAGUCCGCCGUCGUCUCCGUGACCUGCCUCUUGUCGACGCAACGCACGAACUCGAGACUGCCACCAUUGACAUGAGCCAGCCUGUUGAGGUCCCGGAGAACGUUGGCAAGAUUCUAUCUGACUGCGUCGAGGCGCACAAGAAGGUCUACCCCGACCAUCUCGAUGCCGCGUUCCGUGGUCUGUUUGGAAGCUACCAAUGGUAUGGCGAUAAGCGGAGCCUGAUUGAGGGUGCCAACCGUUUGGCAGAGUUUGGAUGGGGUAUGGAGACUCCGCCUCCACCACCAUCUUUUGUCAUGUCUGGCCAGAGGCGAUCUGGUGGCAGUGGCGGCCGUAGCGGCGGAUUUGGAGGUGGGUCUGGAAGUGGCUUUGGCGACCGACGAAGCGGAGGAGGUUUUGGCGGUGACCGAAGGAGUGGAGGAUUCGGAGGUGAUAGGAGAGGUGGAGGCGGCUUCGGUGGCGAGAGGAGAAGCGGUGGCUUUGGUGGUGACCGAAAAGGCGGCGAUAGCUUUGGUGAGCGAAGAGGUGGAGGUGGUUUUGGGGGAGACCGUAGGGGUGGAAGCGGCUUCGGAGGGGACAGGAGAGGAGGAGGUGGCUUUGGAGGUGACAGGAGAGGAGGUGGUGGUUUCGGCGACCGCCCCAGAAGGGAACCUCGACUCGACUUUUAAAGGGGGGGAAAGGGAAGAGAAAAGGGAAGUUUCUCUGAGUUUGGUCUCUUCCUCAUGAAGUAACGGUCACGCCUCUCUUUCUUUGGGGGGGUUUCUUUCUGUCAUCAUCAUUGUAUUAUAUAUUGUAUACCCCCUCCUUACCAAAAAGUCUUUUUCUUCUCUUCUUCAUCAUGUAUUUUACGAUCACUUGCAGAAUGCAUAGGGCAUGAUUUGAAUGAGGAACCAAAAAAAGAGUAAAUAUCAUGUAUUGGUUCACAUAAUGAAAUUGAAAAAAGUGGAC